UCCGAGCACAGGUUGUAAAAUACAGUAACCAGGGAAGGGGAGGAGCGUGUGCUGGGCUACGGUUACACACAGUCAUAUAACACAGUCGUCGUCCUCCUUCGGUUGCCUCUUCGUUUCGUGUAACUGUUGGACGAGCACCCGUCGGUCGGAAAAGAACAGCGAAGAUGAGCGACAGCGGGGAGCAGAAUUAUGGAGACCGGGAAUCUCGAUCUGCUUCAAGGAGUGGAAGUGCUCGACGCUCUGGCAAGUCUGCAAGCCAUUCUCCCAAUCGCUCUCCGGCACGAUCCCGAUCGAAAGAGGGAUCCAGGCGUUCAAGAUCCAAGUCUAGGUCAAGAUCUGAAUCAAGAUCUAGAUCAAGAAGAAGUUCUCGUCGGCACUAUACAAGGUCUCGUACUCGUUCAAGAUCUCAUAGAAGAUCUAGAAGCCGUUCACACAGCAGAGAUUAUCGAAGGCGUCACAGCCAUAGUCACUCUCCCAUGUCAAAUCGCAGGCGCCAUGUAGGCAAUAGGGCAAAUCCUGAUCCCAACUGCUGCUUAGGUGUGUUUGGGCUGAGUCUUUAUACCACAGAACGCGAUUUAAGAGAAGUAUUUUCAAAGUAUGGUCCUUUAGCAGACGUGUCCAUUGUGUAUGACCAACAGUCUCGUCGUUCAAGAGGAUUCUCAUUUGUGUACUUUGAGAAUGUUGAUGAUGCAAAGGAGGCAAAGGAGCGUGCUAAUGGAAUGGAACUGGAUGGAAGACGGAUACGAGUUGAUUUCUCCAUUACAAAGAGGCCUCACACACCUACCCCAGGAAUAUAUAUGGGAAGACCAACUUAUGGCAGUUCUCGGCGUAGAGACUACUAUGAUCGAGGGUAUGAAAGAGGGGGAUACGAUGACAGAGAAUACUACAGCAGGUCCUCAUACAGAGGAGGUGGAGGAGGCGGAGGAUGGCGUGGUGGACAAGACCGGGAUCAAUUUUCUAGGAGGCGGUCUCCUUCACCAUAUUAUAGCAGAGGUGGCUAUAGGUCUCGCUCAAGAUCUCGUUCAUACUCUCCACGUCGUUAUUGAAACAUGAAUUCCUUCAAGUCCUUUUAAAACCACAGCAAAUUUUGUUCGUAUAUACAGUAAAGCUUGGAUAUACACGAUGAGCUCCUUUUUGUGACAAUGUUUUGGUAGAUUUGUAAAAAAUAAAAAUACAAAAAACUGUUUUCUGCUUGUAUAGGCAUAAUCAUGAUUCAUUCUGCAGAUGUUUGCAUGUCUGUUUUUUUUGACUAACAAGUUCAUUAUAUUUUGUUUUUUUCUAUUUGAAGCUAUUGUCUUAUUUUCUGGAAACUGUUUUAAAAAUAAAUGUUCUUUCCUUUUUUUUACCCCCUCCCCAUAA